AAUAAACAAUGUCGGACAAAAUAGUUUGUCCAGUGUGUUCUCAGCUUUAUAGUUCGUCGUUGAUAUCUGACCAUGUCAACUCUUGUCUAAAUAGUGAUUCAGAUAAACAAGUAGGAAGUGCAGGCAAAAAGAGAAGAACUUCUGACUGGGAUUUCCUAACGAAACCCGCAAAAAUUAAAAUUAGCUCGACUUCAACAGCUGAUCAUGAUACUUCCAGCAGCAGGUUUACGAAAACUUCAACAAAACAUGCAGCAGGUGUGUCACCAAAGAAUGCAAAGAUAAAUAACAAUAGUGACGUUAUUACAAUUGAUUGUACAGAGGAGGCUGAUCAGGGAGUCUCUAAGUCAUCUAACCCUGUACCUCAGGGAGUGGUAUCUAAAGGUGUCACAAGUAAUGUCCCCCUGGCUGAGAGAAUGCGACCACAGAAGUUUGAAGACUAUGUCGGUCAGGAUCAGGCAGUUGGUAGAAAAAGUUUGCUGCAUACCUUAUUAAGUCAAGGGGAGAGAAUACCUUCCAUGAUAUUGUGGGGGCCCCCAGGCUGUGGGAAGACCACCCUAGCAAAAAUUGUAGCCCAGAAAUGUAAAGAUGUUGGCAACAUCAAGUUUGUGGCCAUGUCAGCAACAUCAGCUGGCAUCAGUGAUGUCAAGGAGUUGGCCAAAGUGGCCAAGAAUGACCUGAAAAUGCUGCGGAGAAAAACUGUUUUGUUUCUGGAUGAAAUUCACAGAUUUAACAAAACACAACAGGAUGCUCUGCUGCCCCAUGUUGAAGAUGGUACGAUCACCCUUAUAGGUGCCACCACAGAAAACCCAUCAUUUCAUGUCAACAGUGCGCUUCUCAGUCGCUGUCGUGUUAUAACUUUAGAGAAGUUAAAGAUCGAUGACAUCAAGGCUAUAAUUAAACGUGCCUUGCCUCAACUUGGGAUAACAGUUGUAGAAAAGAUGGAAGGCAUUGAUGUGAAACAAAACAGUUUUGGCAGUUCCCCAGAUGUUUACAUAGAAGAGGCAGCCAUAGAGGUACUGGCAGGGCUGGUGGAUGGGGAUGCCAGAUGUGCACUCAAUGGACUCCAGUUGGCGUUUGAGGGGAGUCUGGCAGGACAGGGUCCACACAAGGCUGCUUGUAUUAGCAUUGAUGUGAUCAAAGAAGCUUUACAGCGCUCUCAUGUGCUGUAUGACAAGAAUGGUGAAGAACAUUACAAUAUUGUGUCUGCUCUCAUCAAAUCAAUGCGCGGGUCUGAUGCUAGUGCUGCCCUCUACUGGAUGAUGAGGAUGAUAGAAGGGGGAGAGAACCCUCUCUUUGUGGCACGCAGGCUGGUCAUCUUUGCUAGUGAGGAUGUUGGCCUGGCUGACCCUCUAGCACUGACCCAGGCAGUGGCCACUCACCAGGCCUGUCAUCUGAUUGGCAUGCCAGAGUGUGUUCUAAACCUAACACAGUGUGUCAUCUACCUGUCAAGAGCACCCAAGUCCAACCAAGUGAUGACAGCCAUGGAGGCCGCCCGCGCCUGUGUCAGAAAUCAUGAAGGUUCUCUGCCCUCGGUACCCCUACACCUGCGUAAUGCUCCAACUAAGCUGACCAAGACACUGGGAUAUGGGAAAGGCUAUAAAUACCCCCCUUCCCACAGUGGACCCAUUGAACAGGAAUAUUUUCCACCUUCAUUGGUUGGGACCAAUUUUUUUUCUUGAAGAAAGAAUCUGACAUGCAGUUGUUAGUGAUGUCUACUUGUGUAUACUGUGAUCUGAUACACCACCUUCUGUAGACAUGGAUAAACUCUACAGCAUAGGAUGGCUAAGUUUUGUACAAGUUGCUGAUGUGGACAAGUUUAUGUUCUGGACAAGUUCUGUACAAGUUGCUGAUGUGGACAAGUUUAUGUUCUGUACA